UUUGUAAUAGAAUAAAUUAUUAAUAAACAACUCAUGUGCAUCGUUUUUGUGUUAUAGGGAAAAAGGAAAAAUCAUUCCCUCGGAGACGAUGGCAUUAGUAGAAGAAGAAAUUAUAAGCAUAUCUGUGACGAUGCAACCCCCAUCGUCCACGGUAUUAAUAACCGGCCGGACGCCGCUGCAUCGCCACGCGGUGCAGCGAUGAGGGCGCAUAGCGCCCGAUAAAGCAAUAAAGCAUAAUAUGGUCUUAUUUGUAAAAAUUAAACUGUGAUUUUUUUAUUAAAAACGAUUAAAAAUGCUAAAAAAAAGAGUGGGAAGUGAACGCAAUACGAUUGGCCAUGACGUCACGAUUCAGCAGAGCCCGGGCUGAAGGUAAAGAUUAUGGUGAUGCAGCUGUGGGAUACGUUGAAGUAAAACGUGAAGGUAAUUUGUGCCAAGUCCGAGGGAAAAUAUGUCCUGAACAUAGAGUAAAUAAUAAACCUUACUCUGUAUCGAUGCUUGUCAACGAAGAGAUAGAGAAGGUCGAAUAUGUUCGAUGCGAAGACUGUGCAGCUUCCGAAGGAGGUUGUAAACAUGCGGUAGCUUUCUUAAUGUGGGUUCACCGUCGGAGCGAAGAGCCAGAACCUACAGCUAUCGUAUGCUACUGGAAAAAACCAGUAUUAGCACAAAUAGGAAGCAAUGUAAGAACCAUGAAAGCUAAAGAUCUGGUAAAGAAUAAGAGAACUGCAGUAGAUCUUCCUAAUAAUACUGGUUUCCUGCAGGUCUUGUACAAGAGAUUAAAAAUUGAAAUUUCGAUUGCCAACUGCCUCGUUAUUUUCUAACAGUGGAAUCAUAUAAAGAU